CGCGUGGCUUCGGCUGACGGCGGUAUGGGGCUCAGCCGAGUGCGGGCUGUUUUCUUUGAUCUGGACAACACGCUCAUCGACACAGCCGGGGCGAGUAAGAGAGGCAUGUUGGAGAUGCAUUAGAAAAAGUGGAGGAGGAAAUGAAUUGCAAUUUCAAAAUGGUUGGUCAGAUUUGACCUCAUGAGAUAGAUGAUGUUUGAGCAAAGACUUCAACCAGAAGAUCUCUUUGAAUUGCUAGACUAUUGCAGACAGUCAUACUUUGUAAUAAAGCUCUUAAAAUCAAAAUACCAUUAUAAAGAAGAGGCUGAACUCAUCUGUGACAAAGUUCAAGUUAAACUCAGCAAAGAAUGUUUUCAUCCUUAUAGUACAUGCAUUACAAAUCUGAGAACUUCACACUGGGAAGAAGCAAUCCAGGAAACAAAAGGUGGUGCAGACAAUAGGAAAUUGGCGGAAGAAUGUUAUUUCCUGUGGAAAUCUACCCGUUUACAGCAUAUGACCCUAGCAGAAGACAUCAAAGCUAUGCUCACUGAACUUCGCAAGGAAGUCCGCCUACUCUUGUUAACAAAUGGUGACAGACAAACACAGAGGGAGAAGAUCGAGGCCUGUGCCUGUCAGUCCUACUUUGAUGCUAUUGUUGUAGGUGGAGAGCAGAAAGAGGAGAAACCUGCACCUUCCAUAUUUUAUCACUGCUGUGAUCUCCUUGGAGUACAGCCUGGGGACUGUGUGAUGGUUGGUGACACAUUAGAAACUGAUAUACAAGGAGGCCUCAAUGCAGGACUAAAAGCAACAGUCUGGAUAAACAAAAGUGGAAUAGUACCAGUGACAUCAUCCCCCAUUCCACACUAUAUAGUUUCUUCUGUGCUAGAAUUACCUGCUCUCUUACAAAAUAUAGAUGGCAAAGUCAGUAUGUCAGUUUAAAACACAUAUUAUGAUCCAGCCCUAAGAAUAAUUUGACUUAAGAUUUAAUGAUCAUUUUGUGAAGGUCCUCCCAACCCUUUUGCUUUUGACAACCAACCAUUGACUUGUAUUUAUAUCUGAAAAUGCAAAUUGCAUUAAUACAGGUUACUUUCAGUAGUAUAUAGUCCAGAAAACUUGAGGAAAUAACAUUAUUUGUUAGUCCAUAACUUGAGAUUUUUAAAAACUAUUUUAUUAAUCUUUUAGUGUCUUGGUUCCAUGAUACCAAGCAGGAUAGCUUAUGCAUGGAUACACAAAUUUAACUUAUAUGGCUUAAAAAAUAGGUAUUUUUUAAAAAAAGAUAUUCCAAUACAUGUAUAAUAGAGAUUUAUUAGAACAAUUGGAUCGGAUUCAUAUGAAGUACUAAGUCAUGCAAAUCAAGCCAUUUCAUAGUGAAAUUAUUUUGCCUAUUUUUUUAAAUAAGUCAUAUUUUUGCUAAUUCUAGGUGUGUAUUGUCUAUUAUGCAUCUUAUUUUUCUGCAUGGCAUUUUUGGGGGUUUUUCUGUGGUGCAUACAGGACAGAUUGCUCCGGUUUAUUAAAAAAAAAAAAAAAAACUGCUAAAAUCAACAUGUGCUCUUUUUCCAUGCCAGUUUCAUACCUUUUUAGAGCCAGCUUGUAUCUUCCUUGUAGUCUUUACCUCUUGUAGAAAUAUUUUUACUAUCAUUCCAGGCACACAGUGGAAUUGAGGGGACUCGACUUGCUGGGGAUAGGUGCAAAUCACAUGGCUUCAGAAGUCAUUUUUCCUCCUGUGGAUCUGUAAGACGAAAAUUGCCUUCAUGUGAUUUAACCAGGUAGUUUCCCUGCCCCCAUCUGUUCUCCAUUUAUUGAAUGGUUUCACACAUAUGCUGAAACUAGUGUGAAAUAAGAUUUUGCUAUGAACUACUUCUAGAGUGCCAUUUUAAUACUUGAAUGACUCUUAGAGUUACUAUCAGCCUUAAAUCAGUUUUUUACAUUUUCAGAAAUAAUCACUGUUUCACAAAUUUAUGUAUCUAAUUCAGGGUUAACUUGGAGCCAAUUAAUUAAUGGCUCCAUGGCAAUACAUCAGCAGGCAACUAGAAAAUUUUUCCUAAGCCAUGAGACUAGACAGUCUCCUGAUUGUACUAACUAAACUUGGAGUGAAGUGGUAAAGGAAAGAGCGGUUAAGAAAGGAAAUAUUAGGGUUGUUUUUUGUAAUAUGAAAAAAAUAAAAGUACUAAUGUAAAAUACUAGGUGGUAUAUUGGGAUUUGUAAAACUGACUCUCAGACCAAUAAUCAAAUUUUAGAUUAUACCUGAGAACCUACUGUGUCUACUACUAAGAACCAGAUUCUCUGCCUUGUACAAAUGCCCUUUUGUGUUUACUUGAGACUUGGUUGUGCCCUUGACCAUCCCAGUGUGCUGUUGGAAUGAAGCUAAACAUCUGGUGUUUGUAUUUCCAAUAUGCUACCCAUUCGACCUUGAUUAAAUUUUAGCUAUUAGAAGUUGGUAAGUUUGGAGGGUUUUGGCAAAAAUAAUUAUGUGCCUGAUUUCUCUAAUAGGUUGAUUGAUGUGUACUACUGAGGGCUUAUCCUAACCCACAGGGUAGAAGUGGGCAGUGUCACAUUUAUUACACUAACUGGUGGAUUACUUAUACAUUAUGGUGACCAAUCUCAAGAUAGUUCAUAGAACAUUAUGUGAGCAGUUAUUGUAACAUUAUCUAGCAGGGCUGGGCGCAAUGGUUCAUGCUUGUAAUCCUAGCUACUUGGAAGCCUGAAACGAGGAUCACAAGUUUGGAGGUCAUGGUGGGAAAUUUUAGUUAGAACCAAAAGGGCUGGGCAUGAAGCUCAGUGAUAGUGUCCCUGGGUUCAAUCCCUAGUACCACAAAAAAAAAAAAGGAUCUAGGGGAAAAUUGAGGAUUAAGCUGUACAGUACAGCAAUGCAGUAUUACAUUCCAUUUUCACCCUUCUCUGGGAAGAACUUUGUUACACAAGGUAUUUUGAAUAUUGGAAUGGACCUGUGAUUUUAUUGGUAAUGUUUUUGGUUUAGGAUAAUAUUCCUUAAAAUUAAACAGUGAUAUAACAGUG